CAUACGGAUAUAGUUCGUUUUUUGAUGCGUUUUAUUUUGGUGACAACAAUUACUCAGCUUUAUAAGGCUACACACACACACACUGAAAAAUCAUCGCUCCAUACUUGAUGCGGUUAGUUAUCUGCGCUUUCAAAUUCCAGAUGUGAGUACUUGUACUGUAAAGGCAAUUCAAUGGAGUUCCUCCUAUUCAAUUUACAUCAGUGGAAACCAUUUGUGUUAUUCUGAAAGUUACAGAAAUGGAAGAUAUCGGUUCCAACGAUUCCGGUGUAGUUGAGGAAAUCGGUAAUUUACAAUACCGCUACAGUAACACGGACUUUAUUGCGAGGGGAGCAUUUGGAGUAGUUUAUAAAGCCGAAAUCAUAAAAGCAGUCACCCAUUCGGAGCCAGACUUUGUAGCCGUCAAAGUGAUACAUGUUGCAAUUAAUUCCGAAAGUGAUGCCGCCCAGAAAAGUUGGAUGACAGCUGUAAAAAGACUGCGGCAACUCACGGAACUGAAGCACAGACAUCUUGUUGUCUAUCACAAGGUCUCCAUCGUCCGAUGUUCAGGGGGAGCGACUGUGGAGCUAGCAAUGGACUACCAUAAAGGUGAUCUUGCUUUGUUUUUGAGACAAGCCAGGAAAAGCAAGACGCUUUUAAACAACUGGGAGAAAGUGCUUCGAUUCACAACGGACAUAACCAAGGGAUUAGCAUUCCUUCAUCAAAAGGGCAUCAUUCACGGCGAUUUGAAGCCUGAAAAUCUACUCUUAAGCAUUUGGCCGAGUGGGAGCGAGAAACUGGCGAUUGGCGAUUUAGAUGAUCUGGUGCAAAUGAAGGGAAGUGCUACCUGCUCUGCAGAUAUAUCCCAGUUACGUGGCACAACGCGCUAUAUGUCACCGGAAAUGCUGAGGAAAUUUGUCCAGCAAGAAGCAGAGCGGCCAGGACGUAAAACAGAUGUGUGGAGUCUGGGCUGCAUUAUUCUGGAGAUGGCCGAAAGCUGUGCAGGUGUACCCAAGAAGCGACUCAUAAAGGCUGGGAAUAUUAUCGAUGCUGGAAGCGCUCUUGAAAAUUACCAGUAUGCAGGUUUCAUAAUCGACGGUUACGUUCCGUUUGUAUGCGAGGACAUUGAAGACACUUUAGCAUGCAUUAUUCGACACUGUUUGGAUAUUUCUAGCGCACACCGAUUAUCCGCCAGAGAAUUACUGCAGAAGCUGCCGAAAAAAGACAUCAUAGUAUUUUUAGGGCUCAAGCAUUCCAGAUACCUCUUCGUUAUGAUGUUCGAUCCGUUAACUAAUUCUGUCAAUGUCCAAGACGUGCAGGGCGCACCAGAAUUUGAGUGGCUUCCGGAACAACAGUUGGCUGCAACACGCAACAAAAUUAUAUUCAGAGAACGGAUACGUCAUGGUGGCGCGCAAAAGGUCAAAUUUCAUUUCUGGAAUGUCGGCGAGGGAACAUGGGAACAGCAAGGACCAGUUCCUUCUUUGGAUAUACAAUGGGAUGCAAGGAUGAUCGCAGUGGGAGAGAAACUUUAUUUUUGGGACACAGCCAGAACCUUUACGGAAAUGAACAUUUCUACUGGCAGCGUCACAGCGUUAACUAAUUUGAAUGAAAGCCCUUACCUCGAUGCAGAUGCAGUGGCUAAAUGCCGUGAGCAGAUAUUUUACGCUACACAGGACACAGUGUACCAGUAUGAUACGGUUAUAAAAAAAUGGAAAUACUUACCACGUCCACUGGAACUGCGCGACGAUUUUGCAAUGGCUGUGGUCUGCGGACACAUAUAUAUUAUGGGCGGAAAGCUUUGGGACGACGCUACGCUUAUCUAUACUGCAACAGCUGAUUGUGUUCGUUUAAAACUGGGUAGUACAAGGUGGGAAAAGAUUGAACCGCUUCGUCAGCCCAGAUUUGAUCAUACUGCUUGUGUUAUCAAGGAUCGAAUAUACAUCUGCGGAGGUAGCCAUUCUGAAGAGAAGGACGCCAUUACGAUAGAACUCUACGAUGUCAAACGCGACGCAGGAUGGUCCACUGUCAACUUAUUACCAAAGUAUAACAAAAGGUUUGCAGCCUGGGUUGCUGAAUACUAUAAGCCAUGGUAUGGAAUUGCAAUAACCACGGUUGCCGUCAGUCAGAAUAUUGACAUCGUUCCGGAUAUAAUCUGAUGUAUUCGGGUGUAUCCGUCCACAUCGCAUGUACUUUACUACUGCUUCUACUCCUACUUAAUUCUACUACUCCGAGUCAUGGCCCUGACCUCGACUCACGCAUUCCGAGAAACCCCCAGCAAGGAACUUUGACCGCGACUUGUAACCUCCGCUCGUACCUCGACUUACCUUACAGGCUCUACCUAUUGUUCUCUUGUUCAAGUGACCCGAGAUUAUGAUUCGUCCACGUCAGCGUGUGUAGCUAUCGUUGAUAAUUGGUUAGCCAGUCCCUCUUCUGAAAUCCUCUGUUGAUGUCCGGUACCUGCGAGUGCAAUGAGCAAGCACCUGAGAGUGUCGAGCUGUUAUCCCGACGCAUUAGGGACUUCAUCAAAAGGUGAUCAACUUCACGGUUUGUUCUGGUAUUCUCUUUCGAAUGAGGAUUUUGCUAUAAGAUUUCUUGGUGGCCUUGCCACUCAAGUCUUCGGUUCUCCGUUACUUCACGGGCAAGCACAUUUAUCUUCUGAUAGCCUGGCAGUGAGACGUGGUGACCUUUAGCUCCCAAUUUUUUUCAUGACUUUGGUCACUUCUUCGAUCUUCAU